AUGAAUAGUGGAAAAAUGAAAGCACAUUGCACUGCAUUAAUGUUUGAUUACCUCAGUGGCAGUGAGGCAGCUAGUGAAAAAAGUGCCCCUGCUGCACCAAGACACCAGCCCCCCAACAAAAUCACCUCAGAAAAAUCCCAAAAUGUUUUCAAGUCAGUCAUUCCCACAUGCAAUGACUUGAUAUCAGGUAUAUCCUCCAAGAUUGAAGCAGCCAUUAGUGACAUGCGUCUAGAAUCAGCAUCAGACUCUGCCAUGAGAAAUGGUGGCAAUAAAAAUGGUGGCGUAACAAAGGAGGGACAUUCUUCCAAUCCCUUCACAAGGAAGCUUCGCUUACCUCAGCUAAAAACUCCUCUGAGUUUUGAAGACUACUCCAGUUUAUCUAGGAGAAGAAGGGAAAAGCGAGAAGCAAAUAUUAACAGUACUGGAACCUCCCAAUCCUCUGUAGAUUCAGAAGAGUCAAAUACAGGUGUGAAUAGUUUUAUGGAGUGUGACAAAAUGAUUCUGAAGGCAGAUGGAAUAAAAUCAUCCAAUGUGGAUACUACAAAAGUGCCAGAGGCAGCAAACAGUGGAACUGGUAGCGAUGGCGAUGAAGUCACAAGUAGUGUUACAUCUGUCAUUGCUGAUGGAAAUGGCAACCCAGGUUCAGAAUCUGAUACAUCCCUGCAGUCUCUGUCAUCUACCCUCAGCUAUGGCAGUUCUCCAGAAGAUUCUGAAGCCAUUGAAUUCAUGAGGAAGUUUGUUGAUGAUCUCUUCGCUGACAGCACCAGCAUAAGCCUGGAGAUUAAGGCCAAAUUUGGUCACAUGGUUCGAGGUGAGACUGGUCGAACAUGGUUUGCAAGGUUUGUGAACAGCAAGAGGGCUCACUGCAAGAAGGUGGAUGAGACCACUUUCUACAGUCUUGUGCAGUAUUUUGCCAUUGUCCUCUUCGAAUGCUGUGAAGCGGAUGACUUCUCACCUGCCAAGACUUUGAUGAAUAUGUGCUUCACAUUCUAUCAUGAAGUUGCAGUUCCUGGUUGUGAAGCCUAUAAGGAGUUCCUUUACACGUGUCUGAAGGACCAGCUGAUUUGGCGAAGCCUUCGCUUCUGGAAUGCCGCCUUCUUUGAUGCCAUUCUCUGUGAAAGAGCUCAAAUGGCCUGCUCCAACAGAGGGGAAGAGAGAAUUGCUCAAGAGAAUAUCACAUUUGGACAGCUUGGAACAUUCACAUGUAACAUGCAUGCAUUUGCCCUGGAGAAAGAUCUAUGCUUGGAAUUCCUCCGCAAGCAGAGCAUCAUUGGGAAUCUCCAACCAGAGCAAUGCAAGAUGUUGCAGGAAAAUGUGGAGCGAAUGUACAAGGAGACACAAGUUGCGGAAAGCAGAAGACCGUGUCGCCGUCUACCCCGCAUCGCGGAACGAUUUCGCCCCCGUUUACGACACGGAGCUGCCAAUCGCAUUCGCGAUCGCCUGGCGCCCGAACGCGAUUUCCCCGGAACUGCUAAUUCUCUCCACCUUGAUGACAUCUUCGGAGUCAAUAUCAUGCAGACGUGCUUAUUUGAACUCGAAAAGUACCGUCCUUGCUAG